AUGGCUGCAUCAUUCUUAGUGCCUUCAUCCAUAAUUGAAGAAGAAGCAAGGUUUGAAGCCGAAGUGGCAGAGGUGCAAGCAUGGUGGAACUCAGAGAGGUUCAGGCUAACACAAAGAUCAUACUCAGCUAGAGAUGUGGUGGCCCUACGAGGCAACCUCAGACAAACCUAUGGUUCAAAUGAGGUGGCUAAAAAGCUCUGGAGAACUCUCAAGACCCACCAAGCCAAUGGCACUGCCUCAAGGACUUUUGGUGCACUUGACCCCGUUCAGGUCACCCAAAUGGCUAAGCACUUGGACACCAUUUAUGUCUCUGGGUGGCAAUGCUCUUCCACUCACACCACAACCAAUGAACCUGGUCCUGACCUUGCUGAUUACCCUUAUGACACUGUCCCCAACAAGGUUGAACACCUAUUCUUUGCUCAGCAAUACCAUGAUAGGAAACAAAGAGAGGAGAGAAUGAGCAUGAGCAGGGAAGAGAGAGCAAGAACCCCUUAUAUUGAUUACUUGAGACCAAUCAUAGCAGAUGGUGACACUGGUUUUGGUGGCACCACAGCAACUGUUAAGCUUUGUAAGCUCUUUGUGGAGCGUGGUGCUGCUGGUAUCCACAUUGAGGACCAAUCUUCUGUGACAAAAAAAUGUGGCCACAUGGCAGGGAAAGUGCUAGUUGCCAUCAGUGAGCAUAUCAAUAGGCUUGUGGCUGCAAGGUUGCAAUUUGAUGUUAUGGGGGUGGAAACAGUUUUGGUGGCUCGAACUGAUGCAGAUGCUGCUACUUUGAUUCAAUCCAAUAUUGACACACGGGACCAUCAGUUCAUCUUGGGUGUGACCAACCCAAGCCUUAAGGGGAAGAGCUUGGCAACUCUUAUGGCUCAAGGCAUGGCUGCUGGCAAGAGUGGUGCUGAGCUUCAAGCUUUGGAGGAUCAGUGGCUAUCAAUGGCACAGUUGAAGACUCUCUCAGAAGCAGUUGCGGAUGCAAUUAAGAAACAGAACAUUGGAGGGGAAGAGAAAAGGAGGAUGUUGAAUGAGUGGAUGCACUAUUCAAGUUAUGACAAGUGUCUUUCCAAUGAGGAUGGUAGAGACAUUGCUGAAAGAUUAGGGGUAAGAAACCUCUUCUGGGACUGGGACUUGCCUAGAACAAGAGAAGGGUUUUACAGGUUCAAAGGGUCUGUGAAUGCAGCAGUUGUUCGUGGCUGUGCUUUUGCUUCACAUGCUGAUCUUGUAUGGAUGGAAACAGCAAGUCCCAAUAUGGCUGAAUGCACAGAGUUUUCUGAGGGGAUUAGAUCAAAGCACCCUCAGAUGAUGCUAGGAUACAAUCUUUCUCCAUCUUUCAACUGGGAUGCUUCUGGCAUGACUGAUGAACAAAUGAGAGACUUCAUUCCAAGGAUUGCAAAGUUGGGAUAUGUCUGGCAAUUCAUCACAGUGGGUGGUCUACACUCUAAUGCACUCAUCACUUCAACAUUUGCAAGGGAUUUUGCAAAUAGGGGAAUGUUGGCUUAUGUGGAAAGGAUUCAGAGAGAAGAGAGAAACAAUGGGGUUGACACACUUGCUCAUCAGAAAUGGGCUGGUGCUAACUACUAUGACAGGUACCUAAAGACUGUCCAAGGAGGUGUAGCAUCAACUGCUGCAAUGGGAAAAGGAGUAACUGAAGAGCAAUUUAAAGAAACAUGGACUAGGCCAGGAACUGUUGACAUUGAUAGAGGCAGUAUGGUGGUUGCUAAGGCCAGAAUGUAA